ACGGGCCCCAGACGGCGAAAACUAUCACGGAGACCUAAAUACGAGGACCGCUACGUUCCACCGAAUUUAACUUCACUAUAAAUAAUGGUUGCAGCACCGAAAUGACAUCAGUCGCACUACGCCGGUAAACAAUUUAACGAUGUUGACUACGUUGUCCAAGUUCGCGAUUCUGUGUGUGGCUUCGGCCCAGCUGUUCCAUAAAGUCGAGUUGUCUGACAACAAGACGCCGUACGACUAUGUGAAGGAGCGCCUGGACGCUAUCGGGACCGAUGCGAGGUCGGGAGUGCCGCUUUCCAAUUCGUACGAAGUUGAAGAAAGUGAGGAUUACCCUGAGCAACUCCAAGGAGCCGCUUCUACGAUUCUGAAUACGGGCGUCGGUGUUGGUGGUGUAGGUGGUGUUGGCGUCGGAGGUCUUGGUUUAGGCCAAGGAAUAGGCAUCGGUGGACUCGGUGGCUUAGGGCUUGGAGGGAUUGGACUCGGGCAAGGACUGGGCCAACUCGGAAUAGGCGCGGUUAAUGGACUUGGCGUUGGCGGCGGUAUUGGUGGUGUUGGUGCUGGAGGAGUCGGCGUUGGUGGUGUCGCAAACGGCGCUUUGAUCCACCCUGGAAUCGGUGGCUUGGGAGUCGGCGGAAUCGGCUUAGGAAACGGUCUUCUAUACCAUCCUAUACUCGGUGCCCAAGUUGGCGGAGGAUACGUCGACAAAAAGGCGUACGAUGCUGCUCAAAAGAAAGGCGCCGAUGAAAACAUUGAGAAGCUAGAAAAGAAAGCUGAGGAAGAGUCUAAACAUGGCCAAGAGGGUUUCCAACAGGCUGCCGCUGCUGCUAAGGCUGAAAAGGGAGAAUCCAGUUUCUACAAAGACGAAGAGGCUAAAAAGAAAGCUGCCGGUGACGAGAAAUUCUAUGAGGGCGGCCAGAAAUUCGAUAAACAUGGUGCCAAUGAGGAACAGCUGAAAAAAGCGAAGAGCCACAAAAAGGGUCAUGUGAGCAAAGGAUUCAAGACAUCCAGCAGUAAGAACGAAGAGGAAAAAACGGAGAGCUUCUACGAUGAAGCCCAUGACGAGGCUGACCACCGCGUCGCCGGCCAGAACGCCCAGAACUUCGGCGAGAACGCUCAGCAAGGCUUCAAGGGAGCUGCCGAAGAGAAGAUCCUGGAUGCAAACGCCCAGGGCAAGGAAGGACAUCACGUGUCAGAACAGAAGAUUGACGAUGCCAAGGCCAAUAAGGGCGAAUACCUCCAGAAGGGCUACAAAGGUGGUGCAGAACUUUUGGAAAAGUUCAACAACCUUGGGGCUCAUGCAGUGCACGGCCACCAGGAAGCCAGUGGAGGCUACCAGCAGAACAAGGGAAUCCUGCCCAUCCACUGACCAGUGACCAGCUCGAGAUAA